CCAUGAGCCUCUUCGCGCGUGCGUGCGCGCGUGCGUGGGAGAGAGAUCCAAUGGAAGACGAAGGGGUCGGGAUUAAACGGUCGAGGAUGGUUUAAGAAUUAAUGCGACGGAGUAUAACGACCUUGAAGCGAGCCCUUAAAAUAGGACCCUCGGCCGCAUAGGAUCUCUUUUGCCCCAAGGUCACAAGAAGUCCUGCUAGGUAUAGAGUUUCGGACUGUCUGAACCACAUGAUAGAUCUGGAGACAGGUACAUCCGGGCCCGUUAAUGCACCAAUGUACUCCGUCAAUAAUAAUUCAGAACAUAUCUUAUUUGUAAUUAAUCUCGGGCUCCUCGUGAUUCGGAUCCAAAAUCCAAAUCAUGCAGAAAAUUAGAUUCUGAUGUGGCUAAAUCUCGUCUACCAAUUCAAUCGUGAACUGAUAUAUGGCACAACAAGAACAAGUUUCAGUUGGAUUCGAAUUUCUGGACCGAUCCAAAAAAAGAAAACACUAGAGAGAGCUUCCUACUUGACUCAGGACUCUAAAGAGUCCAAUUCCAGCAGGACUAGGACUUCUCAUCUAUAAAAAGAGCUCAGGGCUGUAGGGCGUUAUCUUUGAAGUGCUCCUAAGGCUCCCAGUCAAGUCCCUCAUCAGAUUCAAAGCGACUUGCAAGGCCUGGCAUGCUCUCAUCUCCGAACCCUAUUUCAUAGCUUCCCAUUACGAGCAUUCAAGAGCAACUCCAUCCCUUCUAAUCCUACCAUUGAAACAAGAUCUUUUCCACGAGACUAUGGAUCUAUAUUCAUACAAGAAAGAGGCACGCGUCUCCGAACUGCUGCUUCACACAAAGCUCCCUCGUGGAGAUAUGUUGCUCUCGUUAUAUCCUUGCGAGGUCAACGGUUUAAUCAUGCUUUUCUCAGAAAGGUUUAUUCAUAUAUGCAAUCCCAGCACUAAAGAGUUCUUGACCUUGCCCAAGGGGAGCCUGAGCCCACCGCACUCGGAUCACAUUCAUCGGUACGUGGGGUUUGGCUUUGACUCAUCGACGAACAAAUACAAGGUUGUCAGGACCUUCCUUCGCGGUGUCGACAAUGACACCCAAGACUAUGGUUUGGGGUGCGAGGUCUGCACUUUGGGCGAUGGUUCAUGGAGAGCAAUUGACGGCCCUUCUUCUCCUGUCGUUAGCCAUUGUCCUGUGACGGUGGGUGAAGUUAUUUACUGGCCAGCCUACGAAGAAGAGCAUGGAAGGGCUGCCAUCCUUCUAUUUAGUCUUAGAGACGAGAGAUUUGGGAUAGUUCGAGCUCCUCCCUUCGAGGCAAAUGCGAACCACAUUCCUCUUCUGGCAGCACUUGAAGGGGAUUUGAGCUAUGUUGUUCAUCGAUUUGACUCUGAUAUGAUGGAUAUUUGGGUGUUGAAUGCUUGCAACAAUACAUGGAGCAAGAAGUACAGUAUCGACACUAGUAAUUUAAAUCUCAGGAGUCCUAUUGCAAUGCAUGAUGGAAAGAUUUUGCUUAGCUCGGGCAACAGAUUGGCUUAUUUUGACCCAAGAAGCAAAACAUUGACUGCAGUGGUUGCCAUUGGAGGCCUAUCAAACGAGGAAUAUCCAUGGAAACAACCUUGCAUGAGUUUUUUAGAUGGAUCUCUUCACUUCUUUGUCUCUCUUUAUGCAGAGAGUCUAGCCUCUGUAAUAACUGGGUAGUCCCUAAUGUAAGGUAGAAACGGUCUUUGAAAUUUUUUUUUUUUUUGAUAUAUUUGUGUAAAUCAUUCAGUUACUUCCAAAUUCCCGGUGUCAAUGCAGUGUGUUAUGCAUUAGUACGAUUGUUACAUGCAGUGUUAUGAUUUCAACUUCACAAGUUUUACUUUCUGAUUCUUCAAGGACUA